AGAAGACACCACUCAUCUCUGCGCGCGCUUUGCUUUUCUUUGCCGGCAUGGUGGAGGGGACCCCAGCUCUGCCGAAUGCUGACGCACCCAUGGGUGUGCCAGAAGCAGGGCACUUCUCAGCGCAGAAAGUGGCCCUCUACGAGCUGCUGCUUCGCCAGUUGCAGGAUGACGGGUUUGAGGCUGAGGUUGCGGCGCUGACGUCGCAGCUGCACCUCCAUCCCAACAACCGGGUGGAGAAGGAUGCGCUGCUGGACGUGUAUACCACGAGCCUGAAGUGGGCCUUUGGCGAUGAGCCACAGGGCGAGUGGCAGCCGCUGCACUGCACCCCGGUGCCCCCGCUGGGCAAAGAGGAGCGAGUGCUGGACUUGGAGGGCAUGCCUAUCCCCACAGGCACAUCUCAGACGCCGGAUCCGAGCAAAAAGCCACCGGAAGUGAGGCUGCUGUACACCGCCUCCCACAAGUCGCACUGCCGCUCCGUGUCCUUCUCGACGGAUGGGCGGUUCUGCGCGACCGGGUGCACUGAUGGAAGCAUCAAGAUUCUAGACACAGCGAGGAUGAGGGUCUGUGCGGCGAGCACAGAGGGCCCCGUGGGGCGCAUGCGGGUCACAGAGGAGGAGCUGAUGAAGCCCAUCGUGCGCGUCCUCCAGGAUCAUAUCCAGGGUGUCACCUGCACGGCCUUCCAUCCCACCAACCCGACCCUGUUCUCGGGGUCGUUGGACAAGUCCGUGAAGAUCUUUGACCUGACCAGACCCCCUGGCCACAAGAAGGCGUUCUCGGUGCUGCAAGACGUCUAUGCGGUACACAGCAUUUGCAUCCACCCCUGCGGGGAUUUCCUCUUUGUCGGCACGGCUCACCAGGCCGUCAGGAUGUACGACCUGCAGACAUUGAGCUGCUUUACGACAUCGCACCAAGAACAGCAUCACAAUGCAGGAAUCAACGACCUGCGCUGCUGCAGCGAUGGAAAGAUCCUGGCAACCGCCUCUAUGGAUGGCUCCAUCAAGUUCUGGGACGCGGUUGGGAACCAGGUGGUCAACACGCUGUCGAAGGCCCACAGUGGGUCCUCCGUGACCUCAGUGCGCUGGAGUCGUGGCCAGCGUUAUGUCCUGUCCUCCGGGAACGAUGGCAGGACGCGGCUAUGGGAUGUCCGCAUGGGCCGAGAGGUCUUCUGCAUGGGCUUCGGCCCCCGCUCGGCGGACUUUAGCACGGCGUCCUUCCUCAACGGAGAGAGGUACAUUGCGGCGGCCAACAGCAACGUUCGUCUCAGCGACGUGAGCUUUUUCGACUCUACCACAGGGUCUCCUGUCUUCAUGAAGCUCGGCGUGCACAAUGUCCCGGUGCACGCGCUGGAGACUUCGCCUGUGGACAAGACCAUCAUGACUGGCUGUGAUGAUGAGAGAGCGCGGUACUUCAGCAUCGAGGAGCGAUGACUGGGGUGUGGCAGUGCGGCGCGCGCUCGCAGCCGCCGGCACGUUGUGGUAUGGGC